CUGCAGGAAUGUCUCGGACUGCGGUUGAUUAGUGGACCGGGGCGUUCCGGACCGGGCGGGCUGUGGGCGGAGUCAACCCGCUCUGCUACCCUCCCUGGACGGCGUUCAGCUGCAGAAACCACCCGGAGGAGCCUCGAACAACACGGAGGACCUGAACGCGGAUUUAUCGACAUUUUUAAAUAUUAUAUAUCACAUUUCUGUUGUUUUAUUGAGACUUCAACAUGUUUUCAACGUGUUUAAAAACGCUCGUGGUGGUGGUGCUGUGUGCGCGUGCGGCCCCGGCUGCAGCCAGGAACAUGAGUGAUAAAAUGAGGACCUUUGGUGCUUUUCACCACCCGGCCACAGCUGAACCGUUCCCGCCAGAUGUGAUCUACGGAGACGAGUUUACUCCCGAGAUGAAUCUAAGUGUUCCAAAUCGAAGGUUUCCAAAUCGAACCGCCGUCUCGGUCCACGUCUCUGAGGAGGCGCUGCUGUUCCUGACGGGUCCCGUGUCCACCGUCCUCAUCCCGUCCUUCUACUCGCUGGUCUGCCUGGUCAGCGUGCCCAUCAACGUGCUGGCGUUGGUGGCGUUCGCUCGGAGGAUCCGCCCCAAGAAGCCGGCGGCCAUCUACAUGCUGAACCUGGCGUGCGCCGACCUGCUCUUCGCCGCGCUGCUGCCCUUCAAGAUCGCGUACCACUUCGGCGGCAACGACUGGAUAUUCGGCGCCUUCAUGUGCCGCGUGGUCACCGCGGCGUUCUACUGGAACAUGUACUGCUCCGUGCUGCUCAUUGCCUGUAUCAGCGUGGACCGGCUGCUCGCCGUCGUCUACCCCAUCGACUCGUUGACGUGGAGACGGCCGCGGAACGCCGUGGCGGCGUGUGUGGCCAUGUGGUUGCUGUCGUUGGCCGGCUCGGUGCCGCUCGUCCUCUCCGAGCAGACGUUCCACCUGCAGCAGCUGGACAUCACCACCUGCCACGACGUGCAGCAGGUGGAGGACCUGAUCGGACACUACAAGGUCUACUUCAUCGCGCUCUGCUGCGCGCUCUUCUUCCUCCCCCUGCUGGUCACCGUGGUGUCCUACGCCCGGGUCAUCUGGGCGCUCAGCAGAGUGGCGCGUGGCGUUCCCGGUAGCUCCCGCAGGAGAACCAGAGCGGUGGUGAUGGCGGCGACUGUGCUGGUGAUGUUCCUGCUGUGCUUCACGCCCACCAACUGCCUCCUGCUGGUCCACUACCUGCAGUAUAACGAGGACGUGCAGCGCAGCCGGGACGCCCCCGACGGCUCCUACUCCGUCUACCUGCUCUUCUUGUGUCUGGGGAGCCUCAACUGUGUCCUGGACCCUCUGGUCUACUACUUCGGGUCCUCCCAGUGCCAGAGGCAGCUGUCCAGCACGCUGAGGUGUCAGAAGGUCUCGCAGGGCGGCAGCAGCUCGUCCUCCAACUCGUGCCGCUCCAGCAGCAGAACAAUCCUGAAACAAUCCGGCCGCACGGAAAGCUCCAACAUAAACACUUCAGUCACCAAAAUGGAUUCCUUCCAAGCUAAUCUCAGCAGCCAGUACAAGAAGCUGCUGGUCUGAGAAACAGACAUUGAUCAGAGUGAUGAAACUGACUCCUACCUGUGAUUUUAAACCGUUAGAAGGAUUUUAUUAACUGUAGCACGCCUUCCAGGGGAGCUCCGUGUUUUUACAGGCUGUUUGUGUCUUUGUGAGGACUGACCUUGACUCUGGCUGCAAAGAAACAUUCCAACGGUUAUCAAACCAAAUAUCACAGUUUAAUGCAACACAGCUGUCUAAAGCAGGGCUCGGAGCACCGUGGUGCAUUAUAGUCCACACUUUUCCCUCUGAACAACCUCCAGAAAUACACUGUUUAUCAUAGAAAGGAACUAAAAACUUGAAUUUGAACUUUUGGACAGUCGUUGAACGGAUCAUUAGAAAAAGUCACCAAAGCAAAGUUUAAAAUUGUGAUAUUACUUUCACUAUCACUUUAAUUUACAUGUUUCAUUUUCGUUGCCAACAAUAAACAGUUUGGAAUACUAGUUCCUGUUAAAAACAUGAAAUGGUCACGUGACAAAUACGACCUGAAAAUCUGGACAGGAAAGGCUAGAAAUAUGUAGAUAAUUCAAUAUGUAAAGCAUUUGGAGACCAAAAGGAAAUUCUAAAUUAAAAAGACAGUUUGCAGAAUCAAACCGUUAAAUUAUAGCCAUUUGG